GAAAUGAGGUCAAAGGUUAAAGCCUCAUUCCGCGCACAGAAAAGAUGGCCGCUGAUCAGGCUCAGUUUCAAAGUUUAUUACAGGGUCUUCUUAGCCCUGAUAAUGACAUACGAAAUCAACAUCAGAGCACAUAUGAUGCCCUACCAAUCCCUCAGAAGAUCAUCUUUCUGGUUCCAGCGAUCAGAGACACAAAUAGCGGAGCAGAGGUCCAGUCCAUCGCAGCAGUAUUACUACGUCGUAUUAUUACAACAUCAUUCGAUGAAUCCUGGCCAGCGCUCGAUGUUGGGAUUCAAAAUGGUCUGAAAGACCAAGUACUCCACACCGUACGUGAGGAACAAAAUCCAGUAGUGAAGAGAAAAGUCUGUGAUAUUGUGGCUGAAUUAGCGAGAAAUCUUUUAGAUGAUGAUGGCAACAACUCAUGGCCGGAAGUCCUGAAGUUUAUGUUUGAUUGUGCACAGUCGGAGGACUCAGCCUUGAAGGAGAGCGCACUUAGGAUCUUCAGUACCACCCCAGGAAUAUUUGGCAACCAGCAGGCCCAAUAUCUGCAUGUUAUAAAAGACAUGUUACAUCACUGUUUAAUGGAUGCUUCUCAUCAGGUGAGGUUUGAAGCUGUUAAAGCAACUGCUGCCUUCAUUCUGGCAAAUGAUGAAGACGAAGAAUUGAACAUACAGAACCUCUUCAAAGAUCUGCUCCAACUCAUUGUACAGGGAGUUACAGACUCCGUGGCACUUCAACAGGAUGAUACUGUACUAAAGUGUCUGAUAGAUCUGGCUGAAAAUACACCAAAGUUCCUACGUGGUCAACUAGAAAAUAUUAUAACCCUCUCUAUGAAGGUUUUAUCAGAUGCUAAUAUACCUGACUCAUGGCGCCACCUAUCCUUGGAAGUUAUUGUCACACUAUCAGAAACUGCGCCAGCUAUGUUGAGAAAACAUGGAAAGUUUAUAGAACAUUUAGUCCCCCAGAUCCUGGCACUGAUGGUAGACCUUGAAGAAGAUGAUGACUGGGCCACAGCUGAUAAUAAUGAUGAAGAUGACAAUGACAGUAAUCCAAUAGCAGGAGAGAGUGCGCUAGACAGACUUGCAUGUGGUCUAGGGGGCAAGACAAUGCUCCCUCAUAUCAUAGCAAACAUAUCACAGAUGCUGGCAAAUGCAUUGGACUGGCGGUACAGACAUGCAGCUCUCAUGGCGAUAUCUGCGUGUGGUGAGGGGUGUCACAAAAAUAUGGAACUAAUGCUGCAUAAUAUUGUUGAAGCUGUACUCCCGUUUCUAGGAGAUAAGCACCCUCGAGUACGCUAUGCAGCAUGUAAUGCACUAGGACAAUUAUCAACUGAUUUCGGGCCAAUUUUCCAGAAAAAGUUCCAUGAAAAGGUGGUAACGGGUUUACUUAUAGUGAUGGGCGACUAUCCUAACCCAAGAGUGCAGGCACAUGCAGGGGCAGCUCUCGUAAACUUCAGUGAAGAUUGUCCGAAAAACAUAAUAACUCCAUAUUUGGAUGUGAUAAUAGCCAAACUCGAACAAGUUCUAAGUGCAAAAUUUAAAGAGCUGUUGGAAGUUGGCAACAAGAUGGUUUUAGAGCAAGUUGUCACUACCUUGGCUUCAGUGGCAGAUACUGCAGAAGAAAAGUUCAUAGCUUAUUAUGACAGGUUCAUGCCAUCUCUGAAGUACAUAAUGCAGAAUGCAAAUGACCCAAAGCUGAAACUCCUGAGGGGUAAAACCAUAGAAUGCAUCAGUUUAAUAGGGCUUGCUGUAGGCAAAGACAAGUUCAUAGCAGAUGCUGGUGAAGUGAUGCAACUUCUGUUGAAGAGUCAAGUAAAUGUUGAAGAACUUGACGAUGAUGAUCCACAAAUCUCCUAUAUGAUCUCAGCAUGGGCUAGGAUGUGUAAGAUAAUGGGCAAAGAGUUUGAACAGUACCUGCCUCUAGUCAUGGGCCCGGUUCUCAAAGCAGCUUCUAUCAAACCUGAGGUCGCAGUGCUAGACAGUGAUGACAUGAAAGUGAUGGAGAAUGACUCUGAUUGGCAGUUUGUUACCCUUGGCGACCAGCAAAGUUUUGGAAUCAGAACAGCAGGGUUGGAAGAGAAAGCCACAGCGUGUCAAAUGUUGGUGUGCUAUGCCAGAGAAUUAAAGGAGGGAUUCGCAGCCUAUGCAGAGCAGUGUGUACACAUCAUGAUACCUUUGCUGAAGUUCUACUUCCAUGAUGGAGUGCGAGUGGCUGCAGCUGAGAGUAUGCCGUUCUUACUAGACUGCGCCAAGAUAAGAGGGCCCGAGUAUAUCACACAGAUGUGGUCUGCAGUCUGCCCUGAACUCCUCAAAGCUAUUGAACAUGAACCUGAAAAUGAUAUUAAGUCGGAACUUAUGCACUCAUUUGCACAGUGUGUGGAGAGGAUGGGGAAUGGUUGCUUGAGUGCGGAGGUUAUGGCUGAACUAUUACGUAUCUUAGACAAAACACUUAAGGAUCACUUCAUGAAACAACAGAGUAGGCAAGAUGUACGUAAAGACGAAGACUAUGAUGAAGUAGUGGAAGAAACACUUCUGGAUGAGAAUGAUGAGGACGUGUACAUAUUAAGCAAGGUUUCCGAUAUCAUCCACUCCCUAUUUGGCACUCAUAAAGAAGCCAUGCUGCCAUAUUUCGAACACCUAUUACCACAUUUUGUUAAAUUAUUGAACUCAGAUCGGCCAUGGCCAGACAAACAAUGGGGACUGUGUAUAUUUGAUGACCUUAUGGAGCAUGCAGGGCCUCACUCAAUUAAAUACCAAGAAUUUUUCCUGAAACAAAUGUUGGAAUAUAUAUGUGAUAAGCAAGCUGAAGUGAGGCAGGCUGCAUGUUAUGGUGUGGGUGUCAUGGCACAGAAUGGUGGACCGCAGUAUGCUCAAGCCUGUCAUGAGGCUAUCCCAUCCUUAGUAAAAGUCAUACAAGAACAAGACUCAAGGAAUCCAGAAAAUGUAUGUCCAACCGAGAAUGCAAUAUCAGCUAUAACAAAAAUAUGUAAAUACCAACUAGAGGAAAAAGACGUUGAAAAAAUCUUACCAGAUUGGUUGUCUUGGUUACCAGUAUAUGAAGAUGAAGAUGAGGCUGUGCAUGUAUACACUUAUUUAUGUGAUCUUAUGGAAAAGAAUAACCCUAUAGUAGUAGGAUGGAUUAAUUCUAAUGUUCCUACACUUAUUAAAAUAAUCGCAGAGGUGUUCGCCAAAGGCGCACUGGGUGCAGAUGAUGAAGUAGGCAAACGAUUGGUUAAAUUGGUCCGACAAAUUCAGCAAAAUGAAGAGGUGUUUCAAGUAUGUAUUAACUCACUGACUGAAGAACAGAAAGUUGCAUUGUCAGAGGUCAUGACGGCAUGUCCACCUAUGUGAUGUCCCACCCUGUACAACUAAAUCUCAGUAGAAGUUGACCUAAUGUGACCUCUCACCCUGUACAACUAAAUCUCAAUUGAAGGAUGCUUCAGUUAGGAAACUUCUAAAACCCGUGCAGUACAUAACUAGCUUUGAAUAAAAUCAUGAGUGAAAGUUAAACUGGACACCAGGACAAUACGAGGCUAGAGAGAGAGAGUCAUCCUGUACAAUUAAAUCUCAAGUAAAAGUUGACCUUAGCUGACACCCACCCCAUACCGCUUUAUCUCAUUUGAAGUAUUCUUCAAUUGGAAUACUUCCUUAAAAUCAUGCAGUUUACAGCUUUGUAUUAAAUCAAGUGUGAAAGCUUAAUUGGCCAUCCAGAACAAUAUGUGACUGGGUAGGAAAAGACGGACACUGUUAGUAACUUAGUAUUGAGGGAUUUGUUCUCUGAACUGUUAUUCUGCGGUGAACAAUUGUCUAUUAGAUUGUCACAACUCACAGUUCAGUUUGGCCCUAAAUACUCGAGGAGCGAGGAGGAAACUUCUAAUAUUGAAUGAACAUGCUUUUGACCAGACAUCUCUAGGACUUGGGCUAGUCAAUGGUCGCCACGCUAUCAUGCUAGCACGAUCCUGACACUUGGAACAACAUGGAACUCAUUUGGUCAUCGUCAUGGAUAUGGCAAGGACAAGUCAUGUUGCUACUGAUCGUAGCUACUUUCGUGCAGAUGUAAAUGAGGACAUUCAAUCCCAUAAGCCUUCCUUGUAUGUAAAUGAGGCCAUUCAAUCCCAUAAUCACUGGAAGGUGGAAGCCAAUGUUCCAAAGAAGCCUAGCAUUCAAUCCCAUAAUCACUGUAAGCCAAUGUUCUAAAGAAGCCUAGCAUUCAAUCCCAUA